AUGUAUUUAGUAAGAAACACGACUAGGUACUUUUCUCAGUUCACUAAAAAUCCAACGAAGCAGCACUCGAAUAUUACUUCCAUGGCAAGUAUGAUUCCACAUAACGACAAAACAUUAACAUUAGACUCGCGAGUGACGUUUCAUGAUAACAAUUCUAUGCCACGAUUCGGUCUUGGAACAUGGAGAAGCGAACCUGGUAAAGUUCAGAAUAUUGUGAGAGAAGCCAUCCUCAAUCAUGGGUAUCGUUUGUUUGAUGGUGCUUGGAUUUAUCAAAAUGAACAUGAAGUUGGAAAUGGCAUUCAUGAAGCUCUAGAACAAAGUCAAGGAGCAGUCAAACGCGAAGAUCUUUUCAUUACAACGAAACUAUGGAAUCAACACCAUGAACCUCAAGAUGUUGAAUGGGCAGUGCGUGACAGUUUGAAAAAACUUCGUUUAGAUUACAUUGACCUUUAUCUUAUUCAUUGGCCGGUUGCAUUCAAGAACAUUCCCGAUAAUGUCUGGUCGCAAAAAGACGGUGAGAAAACACGACUCUAUGCUGAGAAUGUGACACUUGCUGAUACAUGGAAAGCGAUGGAGAAACUAGUUGAUGCUCAAUUAGUCCGAUCGAUUGGUGUUUCGAAUUUUAAUCAAUCUCAAAUCGAUGAAAUUCUUCAGAUCGCUCGUAUUCGACCAGUUGUCAAUCAAAUCGAACUGCAUCCGUAUUUCAACCAAGCUGAAAUGCGUGAAUAUUGCGCCAAGAACGAUAUUGUUGUCACAAGUUACUCCCCAUUAUCAAACUUAAAACGAGAGAACGAACGAGAGGAAGAUGCAUCGGCUUUGUACAAUCCAGUUAUUCAAGAGAUCGCCAAAGAAAAACAUAAAACGCCGGCACAAAUUAUUAUCCGUUGGCAUCUUCAGCACGGUCUUGUUGUUAUACCGAAAACUGUGACACCGGAGAGAUUAGCUGAGAAUGCUCAUAUCUAUGAUUUUGCAUUGUCUGAUACUGACAUGCGUCGAAUUAAUCAACUGGGUGAAACACAUCGUCGACGUUUUGUUAAUCCACCGUUUCUUCCACCUGGUGAUAAACCAGUCUUCGAUAAUUGA